AGGAAAAAGGAGGGAGGGGGGAGUGUUGAGAAAAUGCAUCCCACCCCUUUCCCUUCAUGGCGGGAGGCUUCCCAAAAGGCGGGAGGGAAGGCAAGGCAAGGCAAGGCAGGGCAGGGAUGCCCACUCGGGAAGGGCGUGUUGCUGGCCCUUUGGAACAGCCAGGGCGGGGGAGGCGCCAGACUGUUUCCGACCCGCGCCUUCUCUGCCCGCACGUCCCAAACUCGCCUCAACGGGAGAGAGAGAGAGGCAGGCAGGCAGGCAGGCAGGCAGGCGAGGCGGGAAAGCCGCUCCCCGACGCUCCUCGGAGGCAGCUUUGGAGGGCCCCCGCCCCGUCAUUUUUUUGUUUUUCCCACCAGCGAUAUCCCAAGCCGUGCUUCCUCCUUUUCCUCCUCCUCCUCCUUGUAUUGCGAAGGCGCCGCCACGCCCGGGUUGCGGGAGGACGCGCGCGGGUCCUGACCGCCCGCCAUCCGGGAGGGAGCCCAGAGGCGCGGCUAGCGAGGGACAGCAGCAGCGGCGGCGGCGGCGAUUGGGACGUGCCUGCCGCCGCCUGAGCACCAUGAGGCGGAGAAGGAGCGGCCAGCCGCCCGGGGGAACCUCGCCUCGCCUGGGGAUGCGGCCCCACUGAGAGCCGGGGAAGGAGGGAACCCGCGACCUCCAUGCCUCGGCUCCCCGCAAAAGGCGCGCAACAAAUGGCAGCCGGGGCGCUCCUCCGGGCUGCAGAGGUGGCGGCGGCGGUGGUGGCGACUCCCAGGUGAGGCGCCAAGGCGAGGCGCAGCUGGCCCUCCAUUCCUCGCCGCCUUCGCCCUCCUCUUCCUUUUCCUCCUGCACCCGACCUCUCACCCAUAAAAUAUGAGAUGGCAUCAUGUGAUUCAUUCAGCAAGAUAUCGUUCUACCUCUUUGACAGAGAAAAGGAGCAUCUUAUGAGGAUACCUAUGAGGCUACCUGACGACCUCCAAGGACCCUCACCAAAACAUCAGAGCUGCCUAAUUUGACAGGCAUGCUCUUUUAAAAAGAAGUCGACACAUCUUUCAAUGACAUUGCUAAAGAACAUGAGUUUAGAGUUUUGUGCCUGAGAUCCUUUGCACCACUGUUGGGUAAAUGAGAAGUGGCUGUGUGAUUAUGCUGACAUCCCAGUAUGCAUUUGGUAGACCUGUGGUUAACUCGCUCCCUCUCCAUGUGUCUGCUCUUACAAAGCUUUGUCCUCAUGAUACUGUGCUUUCAUUCUGCCAGUAUGUGCCCCAAAGGUUGCCUUUGUUCUCAUUCUGGAGGUUUAAACGUCAGCUGCAGCAAUGCAAACCUCAAGGAAAUACCCAGAGAUCUUCCUCCGGAGACGGUCUUACUUUAUUUGGACUCCAAUCAGAUCACAUCCAUCCCCAAUGAAAUUUUCAAGGAUUUGCACCAACUGAAAGUCCUCAACUUGUCCAAAAACAUUAUUGAGUUCAUCGACGAACACUCCUUCAAAGGGGUGGCAGAAACCUUACAGAUGCUGGACUUGUCUGACAACCGGAUAAAAAGCGUGCACAAAAAUGCUUUUAACAACCUCAAGGCUAGGGCUAGAAUUGCAAACAAUCCUUGGCACUGUGACUGCACACUGCAGCAGGUCUUGAGGAGCAUGGCCUCCAACCAUGAAACAGCAAACAGUGUCAUCUGUAAGACUUCAGAUUUAGACGAACAUGCUGGGAGGCCGUUCCUUAAUGCUGCCGACGCUGACCUCUGUAACCUUCCUAAAAAGACUACUGAUUAUGCCAUGCUUGUCACCAUGUUUGGCUGGUUCACCAUGGUGAUCUCUUAUGUAGUUUACUACGUACGGCAAAAUCAAGAGGAUGCACGCAGGCACCUUGAGUACUUGAAAUCCCUGCCAAGCAGGCAAAAGAAACCAGACGAAGCAGAUGAUAUUAGCACUGUCGUAUAGUUCCCAGAACCACAGGCAUCACUGGAGAUGGAGAUUAGAUGCAGAGGACACAGAGGCCAGAUGUUUACUUCUAACAUUCGUUGUAAACCUGUAAGACUUUUUCAAAUUAAACUGAAUUCUACCACUGUCAAAAUUUCUAACAAAAACAAGUUUUCUGUUCUGGGUGAUACAGUACACCUUUAUUGUUUCUCUGGUGAUAUUCUAAACCAAGUAAACUAAUAUGUAAACAUUAGUUUAGACCCAUUCCACUCUUUAAUAAUGAAAUUUAUUUUUUUAAUUUAAAACCAAAUAAAAGCUUAACUUUGAACCAUGUAAA